CUUGCGCAACUCCCGCCAUAACAAGAGGCGUUCAGACUCUAAGUGGGUCGACGAAUUUCUUAACGUCCGUCAAGGACGUUAAAAUUGUUCAAAUUGUUUCCGGUGAAACAUGUGUUAUAUCACGAUUCGACCACUACGUGCGUUUCCAGAUGGGUGAACAAUUGGUGGUGGAGGAAGUGUUGAAAAGACGCUUUGCCCAACAAUGCCGGGGUAGCCGCUAUUUUAAUAUAAAAGCGCCUAAACACAACACGAUUUCAGUUUCAGUGAUAAUCAUGUACAAAGUGUGUGCUGUUGUAGCUUGUUUGGUGGCGGCGACCCACGCCGGGCUAAUCGGAGGCGGCUAUGAGGGAUUAGGGGCCUACGGACACGGGCACGCCGUUGAUUACUAUGCUUAUCCGAAGUACGAAUUCAACUACGGCGUCGCUGAUGGGCAUACCGGUGACCACAAAAGCCAACACGAAGUCCGUGAUGGGGACGUUGUCAAGGGUUCAUAUUCGUUGGUAGAACCCGAUGGUACCAUCAGAACCGUCCAUUACACCGCCGAUGACCACAAUGGGUUCAAUGCAGUUGUGAGUCGGUCAGGUCAUGCUGUUCAUCCCACACCGAUCGGACUUGGCCAUGGCAUUCACUAUUAAUGAUCUCUAGGGUACCUCAUCGCUCACUUGAUUUUAAAUCACGCACUUUCUUUAUACAUGCCAUAUUUAUUUUUGUAAAUAAAUGGAUAUUCACAA